GUGUCUGCAAACGAUGGAGAUUGCUACUAUGAAGCAAGAGCGUCAUCAAAGCACAAAUGACUUACGCCCCAAGAAAGAUUCUUGCGAUCCAAGACAAUGGAGAUUCUCCUCCUCGUAGCAUCCUUUUCGAACAAGAAAACAAUGGUAAACCAAAAAUGACACUCAAAGAUGCCGAUCUAACUUACGGGGACGAUAGUUUGGUCGAUUUGGAUGUGAUUGGACAUUGUGAUCCGGCUCCAAGACAGGACUUUAGCUGUUUGGAAUCCGUUGCUGUGACAAGUAAGAAAGGGUCUCAGAGAAACGACGUCGCUUUACUUGGGACGCGUAAGAAUAAAGAUGAAUGGAAAGUGUAGUAUUUGGGACACGAAGCUAUGGAGAUUUUUACUUAUAACUUGGGAGGAUGGUAAGUUUAUCGUUGUGUAUGUUGUACUGAUAUAGACUUGUAUUUUGGGUAUGUCCGAGUUUACCGUUUGUAAUCGAUAAAUUAUGAAGUUAUUU